UCCACAUAUACCCCUCUCUCUCGCCCCCAUUCGUUUACUAGUCCACUGCACGACUCUUUCAAAAUCAUUAUUAAAUACCUUUUUCUCUCUCCGCCGCGUCCGUACACCGGAGGUUGAUUCUUACCAAGAAGAAUAACUUUAUCAAUUAAACAAGCUACACUACUAAUCAAAGAUGAGCGUUGUGGGAUUUGAUCUUGGGAACGAGAGUUGUGUCGUGGCAGUAGCCAGACAAAGGGGAAUUGAUGUCGUUCUUAAUGACGAGUCAAAGCGUGAGACUCCCGCUCUUGUAUGUUUCGGUGACAAACAACGGUUCCUUGGAACUGCUGGUGCUGCAUCCAGCAUGAUGAACCCUAAGAAUACCAUCUCCCAGAUCAAGCGGUUGAUAGGCCGACCCUUUUCCGACCCUGAACUGCAACAAGAUCUUAAAUCAUUGCCUUUUUCUGUUACCGAGGGACCCGACGGUUUCCCGUUGAUCCAUGCUCAGUAUCUCGGCGAAAGAAAGACGUUUACACCAACCCAGGUUAUGGGUAUGGUGUUUUCAAACAUGAAGACGAUUGCGGAGAAGAAUUUAAAUUCAGCAGUUGUGGAUUGUUGUAUUGGGAUACCAAUUUAUUUCACUGAUCUUCAAAGAAGGGCUGUUAUGGAUGCAGCUACUAUAGCUGGCUUGCAUCCUUUACGGUUGAUGCAUGAAACAACCGCAACUGCUCUAGCCUAUGGAAUAUACAAAACCGAUUUGCCUGAAAACGAGCAGCUCAAUGUAGCCUUUGUUGACAUUGGACAUGCUAGCAUGCAGGUCUGCAUAGCAGGCUUCAAGAAAGGUCAACUGAAGAUAUUGGCUCAUUCUUUUGACCGUUGUUUAGGAGGGAGGGAUUUCGAUGAGGUUUUGUUCCAAUACUUCGCUGAAAAGUUCAAGUCAGAGUACAAAAUCGACGUGUUCCAGAACGCAAGGGCUUGUCUCAGGCUUCGGGCCGCAUGUGAAAAGCUAAAGAAGGUACUCAGUGCAAAUCCGGAAGCGCCUAUGAACAUAGAAUGCUUGAUGGACGAUAAGGAUGUUAGAGGUUUUAUAAAGAGAGACGAGUUUGAACAAAUUAGCACCCCGAUAUUGGAACGUGUAAAGAAGCCACUUGAGAAGGCCCUUUCGGAAGCUCAACUCACAGUUGGCGAUAUUUAUGCUGUGGAAGUAGUUGGUUCAGGUUCUAGGGUGCCAGCUGUAAUUAAGAUUUUGUCGGAUUUUUUUGGGAAAGAACCGAGGCGUACAAUGAAUGCGAGUGAGUGUGUUUCCAAAGGCUGUGCUUUGCAGUGCGCUAUUCUUAGUCCGACUUUCAAAGUUAGAGAGUUCCAGGUUCAAGAGAGCUUUCCUUUUUCGAUUGCUUUAACAUGGAAAGGAUCUGCACAAGAUUCCGAGAAUGGAAAUGCGGAAAGUCAACAAAGCAGUGUUGUUUUUCCCAAAGGAAAUCAAAUUCCGAGCGUGAAAGCUUUGACUUUCUACAGGGCCGACACAUUUACGGUAGACCUACAAUAUGCUGAUGUUAGUGAACUGAAGGCAUCAGCGAAGAUCAGUACUUACACGAUUGGUCCCUUCCAAGCAACAAAAGGUGAGCGUGCGAAGGUGAAGGUGAAAGCCCGUUUGAAUUUGCAUGGGAUUGUGUCUGUGGAGUCUGCACAGCUCAUUGAAGAAGAGGAAGUGGAAGUUCCGGUUUCGAAUGAAUCAUCAAAUAUGGAUAUGGAUAAGGCUCCGGCUGAGGUGGCCUCUACCAAUGAAAAUGAUGUAAAUAUGCAGGAUGCUUCUGUGACUGAGAAUGGUGCCGUAGAAACAGGAGAUACUCCUGUUCAGAUGGAGACCGACACCAAGGUUGAAGCUCCAAAGAAGAAGGUCAAAAAAACCAACGUACAAGUUUCAGAAUUGGUCUAUGGGUCAAUGCUACCUGCAGACGUGCAGAAAGCAGUGGAAAAGGAGUUUGAAAUGGCGUUGCAAGACCGGGUUAUGGAAGAAACGAAGGAUAAAAAGAACGCUGUGGAAGCCUAUGUCUAUGAAAUGAGGAACAAGUUGCAUGAUAAAUUAUACGAGUUCGUUACGGAUUCAGAGAGAGAAGGGUUUAUCACUAAGCUUCAAGAAACAGAAGAUUGGUUGUAUGAAGACGGUGAAGAUGAAACCAAAGGUGUAUAUGUCGCCAAACUUGAUGAGCUCAAGAAGCAAGGUGACCCCAUUGAACAACGGUACAAAGAGCACUCAGAAAGAGGAUCCUUUGUCGAUCAACUGGUCAAUCAUGUUAAUUGGUUCAAACAGGCUGCUGCAUCUGCUGAUCCUAAGUAUGAACAUAUUGACUUGAGUGAGAAACAAAAGGUCUUGAACGAGUGCUCAGACGCAGAAAAUUGGUUGAGGGAGAAAAAGCAACUGCAGGACUCGCUUCCAAAGCAUGCUGAUCCAGUUCUUCUGUCAUCUGAUAUUAGGAAGAAAGUAGAGGCGCUUGAUAGGGUGUGCAGACCGAUAAUGUCAAAACCAAAACCAAAACCAAAACCGAAACCUGCUGCUCCGGAGAAGGCAGCCUCACCUCCACCAUCAACUGCACCCCCAGCUCAGAAUGGUGAGCCGGCAGAGAACACAAGUGCAAACCCGAACGCAGAGAACAAUGGAAAAUCUGAUGAGCCGGCAGUAGCUAUGGAAACUGAGAAACGUGAAGCUGCUGCUUAAGGGUUAAGGUCUGUGCAAUGAUUUUUUUAUUAAAUUUAUAAUCCUACGGAGGACUGGGUAGCUGUUUCGUUUGUAUGAUCAAGAGUAUAGAUUUUGGUGGGUCGGCAUUUUUUUCUCUGGCCUAUAUCAUUAGAUCCAUUGUCUUGGUCUAAAGUUAUAUGUCAUGAAGUUUAGGUCUAUGUAUUCGAGGGUGUGUAGACGAGCACUUUUGAUUUUCACGGGUUGCAACUGAGACCUCUACCUAUAUUCUUAAUGAAUUUUGCCUUUUUUAUUUUAUCA